AAAUAAUUCAUUCCUAUAAUCACCGAACUAUACACGACGUGUAUUAUUCAGUUUAGUGCCGAUAUAAAUCCGAUGGGCCGGUUCGAAAUGUUAACUUCAUCGUUUUGAAAUUAUUACGUUUUAUUUAUUUUGGUGAGAAGAGUAACGGAGCACUGCGUCCGUGUUCGGCUUUUCCUUGCCUCCAUGGCUCCAAAGCCUCCAACGCUCCAUUAAUCGAUACGACGCUUAGAUGAAAGGUCCUAGUCCGUACUCGAUUUGUUUUCGGAUAUUCGUGUAAACGAAAAUCAGAAUAAUACGAACAAACGUCGUUUUCUCGUCUCCACGAUUUGCCCGAGGAUCAGAUAAGUUCACCAGACGUUUUGCCGAAGGAUCAGUCGAGUUCAGCUGAAGAUUUUCCUGAGGGUCAGUCAAGUUCACCUAAAGUUGUGAUUGAGGGUCAGUCAAGUUCACCAAAAGACUUGCCUGAGAGUCAGUCAAGUUCACCAGAAGAUUUGCCCAAAGAUCGGUCAAGUUCACCAAACAGUUUGCCCGAGGGUCGGUCGAGUUCACCUGAAGAUAUGCCCAAGGAUCAGUCGAGUUCACCUGAAGAUUUGCCUAAGGGUCAAUCGAGUUCACCUAAAGAUUUUCCUGAAGGUCAGUCAAGUUUACCAGAAGACUUGCCUGAGGGUCAGUCAAGUUCACCAGAAGAUUUGCCCGAGGGUCAGUGUAGUUCACCUAACAAUGUGAUUGAGGAAAAAAUAUUUGAUUGGAAUAAAUAUCUUACUGCAAGAAAUGCAGAAGAGGUGCCUGAAGAUUUUUUUUAUCAUAUUUGUAAGAGUGAACUGAAUGGAAUAGAAAUUGGCUCAGUGGUCGAGAUUGAAAAUGAAGAUCUAAGUGGAUAUUGGUUUGCUAGUGUAUGUUCAUCAAAGGGCGUUUUAAUGAACUUGCAUUAUUUUGGUGAUGACAAUGAUCAACAUACUUUUUGGUUAGAAGUAAAGUCACCACGCAUUCAUUCUUUAAACUGGGGAAGCGAAAAUAAUAAAAAACUGAUGCCUCCUUAUCCUGAAAGAUUUUCACGUUACAAACCAGAAGUUAUUAAAGAAAAAGUUAAUGAUUGUGAGCAUGUCGUAUCAAAUGCUGUGUUACAAAUGGGAGGUGCACCAAUUCAUAAUAUAUUCAAGUGUGACAUGUUUGUAGAAGUUCAAGAUAGAGAAUACCCUUAUCGUGUUUGGAUUUCAAAAGUGCUUAAAAAUGUGGGAGGAAGGUUAUUUUUACAAAUGCAAGGAAUAAAUAGCCCUGAAGAGAAACCAUUUUGGUUAUUUUAUUUAAAUGAACGUGUUUUUCCAUUAGGAUGGGCAGAACAAAAGGGCCUUCCAUGGAGAGUAAUGAAUUUAGAUGCUAGCUUAGAAAAUUCUAUUGAUUCUAGUGUAUUACUGAAUGUGUUAAAGCCAAAGACACCAAAACAACACAGUUAUAAAGUUGGAGAAAUGUUGGAAGUAAUAAAUCCUUAUUCAUUGAUGGUAUUUUAUGUUGGUACAAUUGUUAAGAUCUAUGAUAAUCGUUAUUUUAAAGUUGAAGUGGAUAAUGAAAUUGAUGAAGAUAAACGUAUCAGUUUUGUAGCUACUAAAGAAAAUCCUUAUUUAUUUCAAGCCGGUUGGGCUAGCAAACACAAAUUUUUGCUAAAACCUCCGACUGAUUGGAAUAAACCAGAAAAAUUUUCUUGGUCGAAAUAUUUGAUAAGAAAGGAUGCAAAAUUUGCUUCUGUAGAUAAUUCAUGUAGAAAAAAGAUUGAUAAUGUUCAUAUAGGUAUGAAACUAGAAGCGGUUGAUCCUUUGAAUACUGAUUGUAUUCGUGUGGCUACAGUUAAAGGAUUUGCUGACCAUUGGAUGUUUUUAUCUUUUGAUCGUACGAGUUGUUGUCAAGAAUUACUACAUUUACGUUCAGUUUAUUCAGAUGAAGUUUUUCCAGUUGGUUGGUGUAAUAAACACAAAUAUUCUUUGGGUGCCCCAAAGCUUCCAUACAAUGACUCUAAUGAUUUUGAACAUUGUUAUUAUUCGUCGGAUGUUGAUAUUGAUUUAAGUCAAUCAGACCAAGACUUAUCAAAAAAAUAUCCUCGUUAUUUAAAAGGAGAAAUCUUUUAUCACUUUAGCAAAAAAGAUAAAAUAAAUUUUGAUGAUGGUUUUGAAGAAAUAGAAGAUGAUAUUAAAUCUGAAGAUUCUGAUUCUGAUUCUGUUAAUAAUAUACCUCUAGUUUCAGAAAUAGAGAUUAAAAAAGAUAGUGCUGAUGAAUAUGAUAAUGAUCCAAUUUUCGAUGCUAAAGACGAGCCUGAAUUAGAUGAAGAAUUUCAUGAUGCAUUAUUUUUGGAUGAAAAUAAUAUUAAACCAGAAGAAGUUGAUAUUAAACCAGAAGAAUAUGAUAAUAUACCAGAUGAAGUUGAUAAUAUACCAGAUGAAGUUGAUAAUAUACCAGAUGAAGUUGAUAAUAUACUAGAUGAAGUUGAUUAUAAACUAGAAGAAGUUAAUUAUAAACCAGCAAAAAGGAAUAAUGCAGAAGAGGUUAAUCUAAAUAAUAAAAAAAAAAAAGUUUACCAUGUUGAAAAAUCCAUAGAUAAUGUGGUUAGAAAUUCUUCAAAACUGUUUUCUAAAAAUAGCUACCAAAUGUGUAUUUACUUUAACAAAGAUUGUUAUCCUGGUGGUCAUGUAGUCAAAAAGAAAAUUCCUAGCUUACCAGUUUGUAUUGGUCCAGGUCUCGUAUCCUCAAUAUUACGGGAUGCAAUAACCGCAUUUGUUAAUUUAGAUUAUUUUCCUUCGAAUGCAUUAAAAAAAAUUAAAAAAAUUCAAAAUAUGUUAUUCAACGGACCUGGUGGUGUUGAAAUGUGGAUUACCACCACUGCAACAAGAACUCAUGGUAGUUCCACCGAAUCUCUGCUUCUUCCUGAAUCUAAGAAGAUGGCUAGAAUAUAUUGUUCUGCUCUUUGUAAUCUAUCUGGCAUGUGUGAAUUCUUUAUGACUACUGAAGAAACAAAGUGUCCUCAUGGUUGUAAUAAGACAGAAAGUAAUAAUAUAGUACAGCCGUUAAAACCUAAAAUGAAUACUCUGCCCAUUCGUAUGAAAUCAAAAAUAAAAUAUCAUCAAUUACAUGAUGCUCAACAAUCUGCCAAAGUUGUGCGCCGUAGUAUAACGCAUUCAGAAAUUUCUAGAAUUGGUAAAAAAGUAUUAGAUUGGUCAAAUAAACCUUUAGUUUCAAGGUAUAAACAUUAUAUGGGGAGUAUAUUGGAUUUAGAUGCACACAUGUUUCGAUUAAAUCAUAGUCCUACUGAACUGGAAUCAUCUCUUAUAACUGAAAUUAUAUCAAAAAAAAAUAUACUUAGAAGGAUGGAUAAAAUGGAAAUUUUCAGUAAUACUAAAUCUGGACUUGAAACCCCUGAAGAAAAACUAUUUGUAGUUUUAGACAAUUGGAAAUCAACAUUUGAAAACUAUUAUCGUCAAAAUCCAAGAUUUAAGAAAUAUAAAAUUGAUAUAGGACAAUUAGAACAUAUUAAGGUCACGUCAAAUCCAAAAUAUUGGUCUGCUGAGGAUGUUUAUAAAUAUUUGACAAAUGAUUUGUUUUGUAAAGAUGUUGGACUAAAACUAUAUGCUGGGAAAGUUGAUGGUGUAGCGUUUAUGCUAUUGAAUGAAGAACAACUUUUACUGCGAUUACGAUGUACAAUCAAUUUAGCAAUAAGAAUCCUGUGUCAUGUAGCUGAAGUGAAAUACGUUUGUUUAACAAAAUAUUGUAAUGUGAAUGUUGAAUAAAAUAUUAUAUACAUUUUCUAGUUUUACAUCUUUUACUUUGUUAAGAAAAAAAAUGAGAUUUAUCCUGAUAUAAGACUAAGACUUAUUGACGAUAAUUAUGAAUGUUUUCAUUUUUUAGAUAUUUGUUAUAUAUAAUAAUAAUUAAGUAUAUUUAUUAUUAAAUUGAUCAAUUCCUUAUUAAAAAUAAUUAUGCAUUGUAUUUUUUUUUUGCUUACAGUAAUAAAUUAAUGUUUCAAUAGAUAGUGUUUUUAUACA